GUAGAACCCACGAAAUAAAAAUGAGCAUCCCCACUGCAACAACAACACUCUUGAUCCUCUUCACCAUCUUCACACCGCUACACCUCAAGGCCAAUGCAGCAAAAUGCCACCCGGAUGACGAAGCAGGCCUAUUGGGCUUCAAAUCGGGCAUCAAAUUGGACCCAUCUGGGAUGCUCAGCAAAUGGAUACGCGGGACCGAUUGUUGCACGUGGCCUGGCCUCAACUGUCUAUUUGAAAACAAACGGGUCACAAGCAUUUCUCUUGGGGGUCAACCCGACCAACCCAAUAGCUUCUUAUCGGGUACCAUAUCGUCCUCCCUCUCAAAGCUCCAAUUUCUCGACGGUAUCUAUUUCACUAAUCUCCGAAACAUAUCGGGUCCCUUCCCGGGUUUCCUCCUCAAUAUGCCCAACCUCCAAUACAUCUACAUCGAGAACAGCCAGAUCUCGGGUCGCAUACCCGAUUCUUUUGGAAACUCCACUCGAAAAUUUGGCGCCUUCAGCUUCCAAGGCAACCGCUUAACCGGAACAGUGCCGAGUUCACUAUCCCUGUUGACUCAGCUCACUCAGCUCAAACUCGGCGACAACCUCCUCACCGGUGCUAUCCCAGACGGGAUUCGGAACCUCAAGAACCUCACAUAUCUGAGUUUGCAAGGCAACCAGCUCAGCGGUAACAUUCCCGAUUUUUUCACUUCGUUAAAGAACCUCAGGAUUCUAGAACUUUCUCGGAACAAAUUUUCCGGCACGAUUCCGGCGUCGAUUGCCACGCUGGCACCAACACUGGGAUACCUGGAACUGGGACACAACUCGCUUUCCGGGAAAAUCCCUAAUUUUCUAGGGAAAAUGAAGGCUCUCGACACACUCGAUCUCUCCUCGAACCGAUUCACUGGAAGCGUGCCGCAGAGCUUCAAGAACUUGACGAAGAUCUUCAACCUGGACCUCUCCAACAACUUGCUGGUAGACCCGUUCCCCGAUAUGAACGUGAAAGGAAUUGAAUCUCUGGAUUUGUCAAACAACAAUUUGCACCUGGGAACAAUCCCCAAGUGGGUGACUUCGUCUCCGAUUAUCUACUCGUUGAAGCUGGCCAAGUGUGGAAUAAGGAUGAAGCUGGAUGAUUGGAAGCCUUCGGAGACUUACUUCUACGACUACAUCGAUCUCUCCGGAAACGAUAUCUCAGGGAGCGCCAUUGGAUUGCUGAACAGAACAGACUAUUUGGUAGGGUUCUGGGCUUCGGGGAACAAAUUGAAGUUCGACAUGGGAGGUUUGAGGAUCGUGGAGAAGCUCAAGUACUUGGAUUUAUCUAGAAAUUCGGUUUUUGGAAAGAUUCCUAAGGGUGUGGUUGGGCUUCAGAAGCUGAACGUCAGUUAUAACCAUCUUUGUGGUCAGAUUCCAAAGACUCAGUUCCCGGCCAGUGCCUUUGCCGGAAAUGAUUGUUUGUGUGGUCCUCCUUUGCAGCCAUGCAAGGCCUAGCACUAUCAUUAGGUAAAUAGUUUGAGAGAGGCUGAGAUUAUGUGUACUGAUUAGUGUGUGAUUAGUGAUUUGUGAGUCUAUUAAAUUUUAAUUUGGAGACAUGAAAUUAUUAGUAUCUUCAGCCCAGAUUUGUGCCAAACAUGCUUUAAUAAUUAUCUUCAGCCCAGAUUUGUGCAAUACAUGCUUUAAUAAUUGUUCAAUUUAAUGCCACAACUGCAUUGAUAUUUUUUGUUCUUUUGCGUCAACUUGUGUUGGACUAAUGGAGUUGAUUGUUAUUCCAGUGCCAAAGUGUGGUGCCCACUUCCCGCUGGCACUGCCCACUAGUCCAUUGACCGUGUAGAUUACGCUCAUUGAGAAACUUCCACCCUGUACCUGUUGAGGCUGAAUUCUUAGAUUAUCCAAACAUAGUUGUUGUUUCUUUAAUGAA